UUAAGCAUGAAGACCGCCGCAGCAGUAAUUACAUUGCUUCCUUUUCUUACUCUGGGAAAUGGACAAUCGAGUGUUUCAUUUCUGGAACCCAAUUGCGGCAUUUCCAUUUCAGGAUCGCGCAAUUCGAAGACCAGGGUUGUGGGCGGUCAGGUGGCAGACAUGUUUGGAAACCCAUGGAUGGCCUUUAUACAGAGCAGUAUCUUUUGUGGCGGUUCACUUAUAACAAUUCGUUAUGUGCUCACUGCUGCUCAUUGCAGAUCCAAUAGCCCUGCCGUGGUUUACCUAGGAGAGUUCGACAGAUCCACCAACAUUGAUUGCUCCAGUAGAGGCUGCCUGCCAAAUGCCGUUGGAAUCCACGUAGAUGCUCAACUAGGUCAUCCCAGUUACACGGAUUUCGGGCACCAUAACGAUAUAGCUCUGUUUCGAUUGGCCAGGCCGGUUCAGUAUACUGACUACAUCAAGCCAAUCUGUGUGCUGACCAACUACGAUCCCUUGCCGCUAAUCAGGUCAUUCACCGCCACUGGCUGGGGUGAAACAGCCUUCAGUCGUGGAAGCAACAGAUUGUUGACAGCCACCUUGUCGCAUGUGGACCGCUCAUAUUGCUCCAUUUACGGCCGAGUGGAUUCGUCUCAGAUAUGCGUCGCAGGCUACGAUUCGCAUGUUUGCCGUGGCGACUCCGGUGGUCCAUUGUUCGCUAUGGUAAACAUCAAAGGGGUUCACCGAGUCGUCCAGGCUGGAGUUGUCAGCUUCGGGCAUCAAAAUUGCAGACAUGUAUCGGUCUUUACGAAUGUCGUGCCCUACGUGAACUGGAUCGUGGAUGUCGUACGACGUGGAGGUGCUCAGCUCUAUCCCCAAGUCCCCAGGCCGAAUAGGUAUUGGUAUUUUUCUGGAUGAUUGCAAAUUCGCAAAAAAUACCUGCUGUUUCUUCGGAAACGCUCUUUCCAAAGAAUAAAGAUUGUAUCAGUAAAAUUGAAUAGUAUUUUUCUCUGCCCCGCUUAUCGCACUGCGUCGAGAUUUUCGCCCUUUACGUGUUAAAAUCAA